UACAAAAUUCUUCAGUUUUUCUGGAUCAGGAAGAAGCUUGAAGGAACGAGAGGCUGCUGUUUGUUUCUGACCCGGAUUGUCGUUUUUUUUAAUCGCUGUUUAUUGCUUAAAAUGACGGCUAUUGAGAAACUGCAGAUGCUGAUCGAAGCAGCAGAAUAUCUCGAGCGAAGAGAAAGAGAAGCGGAGCACGGCUAUGCCUCCAUGUUACCCUUCACCAGCAGCAAAGAGAGAGAUGGCUUGAAGAGAAAAACCCAAAACAAGAAAAACUGCAGCAGCAGGUCUACACACAACGAGAUGGAGAAGAACAGGAGGGCACAUUUACGGCUGUGUUUGGAGCGCUUAAAAUCCCUCGUGCCCUUAGGACCAGACUCAAACCGGCACACAACCCUCCGCCUCCUCACGAGGGCUAGAGAACACAUCAAGAGGCUGGAGGAUAGUGAGAGGAAGGCCCAGCACACUAUAGACCAUCUACAGAGAGAACAGAGACACCUGCACAGACGCCUGGAGCAGCUCGGUGUGGAGCGCACACGCAUGGACAGCAUGGGCUCCUCAGACAAAUCUGACUCCGACCAAGAAGAGGUGGAUGUUGACGUGGAAGGAACAGACGAUCUUCUGGGAGACCUGGAGUGGAGCAUGAGCAGCGUCAGCGACUUGGACGAGCGAGGAAGUUUGCGCAGCAGCUGCAGUGAUGAAGGCUAUUUCAGCGCCAGUGUCCGGCGACCCGCUGACCCUCGGGACAAGAGCCCUGCGCUGACCUGCAGUCUAUAAGAGCACACAUCUGCCCUCGUCUCCAGCUGUACCUCCACACAGCUGCUCUAAUACUCCAGGAGGAAGCUCGAGGGAAGUGUUGGAUGUGUGUCCACUGACCAGACCUCAGUGACCUCACUGCCUUCGUCCAAUCAGAUCGUCCAGGCCAUUUGCCUUUGCUCCCAUCACGCUGUCCUGGAGAAAAACCCUUAAAGCCAGAUGAAGAAUGUCUCUCAGAACCGUCCGGACGCUGCGCUGGGUCACAUGACCUGUUGUGCUCUUCCUCUAGCAGUCAAAAGGCUUCCAACAGUGAGAUGUUUAAUGUUUCUGAAGAAGUCACCUAGCCAUUUAUUUGAUCCCAAAUACAGCAGUAAAAAUGUUUAAUAUUUUCACUAUUUAAAAUAACUGAUUUUUAUUUGAAUAUGUUUUAAAAUCUAAUUUAUUUUUGUGAUUUCAAAGCUAAAUGUUUAGCAUUUCUCUAGUCACAUGAUCCUUCAGAAUACAUCAUUCUAAUAUUCUGAUUUGCUGCUCCAAAAACAAUUAU